AUGACGCCGAUGGACUGGAGAAAGGGGCUCCUCCUCACUAGCGUCGUCUUACCGCAAGGACGAGCCCCUGUUGUUGCACUUCAUGUGGAAGAGCAUACCGAUCGAUCGGAUGGUGGAAUGGAUGAAUCUGGGACAGGAUUGGGUGUCGAAGGGAACUCGUUGCCACUGGCUUACGGCGAAUAG